AGCCCGGACCCUUAUCUUACCCAACGGUCACAUCUCAUCCUCAAGCUUCAGCCAUAUCCCGAUACGACAUACCUGUCCACUGGCUCGACAACGAUGACCCGCAACCGAUCAACCCGUCCAAACGCCUUCUCCUACACCACAAGCACAGGAACCUCUCGCCGUAGUCGUACCGAAAGAGCGCAGGAAAGGCGAGCACCACAAGACCGACUAGAGGAUGAGUUCUAUCGUCGGAACAUCGCCAUUGGACAGGAACUCGGCUUUGUUGAUAGAUUCCCAGCUCAUGAACCUAUGAAUGACCAACCCGACAACGAACAUCACGAUAUCUUUGAACCUACGAUUGGCAGCUAUGCAGGAUACCAGAUUGAUGAGACUGAGGCAGAGCUUCCGAGUGCUGCCCAUGCAGCAUACCAUCGAGCCCGACGAUACGCCGAGACAAGGGAAAUCACCAGUCAACGAUGGUCGCAACUUGAAGAAAGUGUCACAGCUACCUUCUUGCUUUGUCAGAAGUUGUCACGGAAUUGGACCUGUCAUCCCGGAACCUUUGUCUUGCCUUCAAAUACGUGCACCUGCGACCCCACAGACAUUAACAUCCGGAAUAUUGACUUGUAUGAUAUCCUCCGCCGAACCCCUGCAGCUCCAGUGCCUUUUUGCAAGUGCCUCCCAGAUGUUGUUCGACUCAUCCAUUAUGGAUAUCUAGCUUGCUCCCCCGAAAAACCACGUACAGCGUUCUCCAUCCCCCUCAUCCAAUUUCACCAUUUGCUUUGGCAAAGUGCUGUAGUAUCAACCACCGGUUUUGUCAAAGCAAUAAGUGCUUUCCUCGAUUCACGAAGUCAAACUCCCUCAUAUGCUCGUGGCUCAAAAUAUCGCAAACGAAAUCUUCGAGUUCCCUUUUCAUACAGUGCCGACCUUUACUCUCGAAUAUUACUCAACCAGAAGAAAAUAUUUAAUGAUGGCUUGCAACUCACCAAAACUGAACAGUGGGCAAAUCAGUGUCCCCGAUGCUUUGGAUCUAGCGAACAUGAAAUCAAGGUUAAUCCCAACGAACCCGACAUCAUUCUUGCAUUGGACGGCAACUUCCAGCAGCGUCAUUAUGCAUAUGCAAGCAAAGACAAUCCACCCGAUGCACAAUAUCCUCCCAGCUUCAUACCGCCAUCAGACAUAUCAGUUGAUGCCCGGUCAUUUGUAUCCACUGAAGUUUCUGCAAUUGGCAUCGAUCCUCCAUGUGCUGAUACCCACAAAGCAGCUAAUGACAGUCGGGGUGAAACCACUUGGGAGAAAUGUGACGACAAUGGGUUGUUUGCCAGCACAUGUCGCCAUGAUAUCCCCCUGCUAUUUGUAAAUAUUCACAAAACUGGUGAGAAAUUGUAUUAUCCAGUGUCAAUCAUCCGCAAUAUCCUAGCCGAUUUCCCACAACACAAGGUUGGGAUUCUAUAUGAUCUUGGCUGCCAUCUGGAGAGCCAUGUGAGGAAGCGUAACCUCCUGAGUAACCGACUGGCCGAUCUCUCAUUUGGCACGUCUGUAUUUCAUGCCUAUGUGCAUGAGUGGAGCUGCCAGGUCAAGUAUAACCCUCGACUCAAUCAAUGGUGGGGGCUCUCAGAUGGUGAGGGACUUGAGAGACUUUGGGCUUUUUUAUCCCCUUUGGUCUCCGGGCUCCGCGUAUCCACAAGAUUACAUCGGCUUCAAGCAAUCCAAUCGCGUGCAGAUUAUUACUCACAGCAUUUGAAUGAAAUGGCUGCCACAUGGCUUUUGCAAAAACUGGAUCAUGCUGAAGAAGUUCUUGCUACAGCUGUGGUAGCUCUGGCCAAACUCCAUAGUAUUCCCAAUCCACACACACCCGGAAUCAACUACACCAACCAAUUCUUGGAGCAGCAAUGGAGCGAAGAGCAACAGUAUCAUCUCAACAGUGAUUUGAGCACUGAGAGAAAAAGCAUUGAGCUUGGCCGUCUUUUAUGCUUGGAAGAAGAGUUGGACUCAGCAUGGGAAACACUACCAAUGACACCAGCACAAACACUCAGCCGUGCAAUCACUUGUGCAACUGUUGCCAGGCAGCUUGAGGCCCUUCGAAGCGUGAUUGGCAACAAUGGGGUGGCAGAUAACUUGAAUGAAGCCCAACGGGACCAGUUGAGUAAGGUCUGGUACUCCAAAACAGAGUUGCGACGAAGCUUUUUGGCAUUGGUUGAGGAAAAGCAACCAUUACUUCGAGUUUGUCGACCAGGUGAAAGUAGUACACUAGGGACACGCGGGCAGCAAAAAAUUGCAGAUUCACUGCACAAGAGAGCUGGUAAGCUCCGGACAGUGCUGGAGACUUACAACCGACACACCUUCGAGUUUAUCGAAAGCUAUCCUGAUCGCCCGGCCCCACCAACAAUCCAAUACCCAGAUCUGCUCAGACUCCAACCAGAUGACUCAUUCUGGAACGAUGGCCUGUUCACCAAUGCCAAUGAGCCCUGGGCAGUUGAUUCUCUUACACAGCAGGGCAUACGAUCGUUGGCUAGCUGCAAACGAGCAAUUGAGGAAAAGCGGCGACUUGGCUGGGAGGCUAGACGAACCAUGAGAUGGGCAACUGAGCAACACCUUCAAUUUUUGAAGCUCAUCGAGGACUUGUUUGCGGUAUCCGACAAUCAGGCCAAUCCUUCGGCUACUCUGAAUCAUCGUCAUCCAUUGUCUGCUCCUAAUCAGUCCAAUCCUUUGCCAACUCCUAAUCACCCUAAUCCUGAAGCUACUCCUCGAACGCUGCAUUCACUCUUGACACAUCCCUCGCUUGCAACAAAUCAGACUAAUGCGGCUAAAAUCAAUUCGGCCGCAAUUAUAUUACACUCAGCCUUCAUCUCAAUAUGCUCAUUGCAGCUUGACUGGAAUGACAAAAUCUUGGAUGUGUUUCAGAGAACUACCUCACAGGUUGGAGACAAUGAACUACUGACCAAAUGGCAUCAACAAGUCAAAAGAAUCAAGACGGCCCUUGCGUAUGGCGUAUUAUCUGGAAUCCCAGGUGACAUGGAUGUACGUUUGAAAAUUGUGAUGAAUGGAGGGACAAUCAACACUCUGCCUUUGCCUGUUGAGGAUGACACAAAUGAGGAUGAUGCUAGUGAGGAAGCAUAUCAUGCUGAUGUAGAAAAUAUUCUUAGUGAGACAAUGCUUGUAGACCUUGCUCAAGAUACAGGUACCAAUGUUGCACAAUGAUUUUCUGUUGAAAUUUCGCUUGUCUCUCUCUUCUUUCCUUUCACUCACCUGUCACAAUCUUAUUCAACGGCCAUUGUCUUUUCUUUUUUAUGCCAUGAGUUCUUAGACCCACAACUUGAACCUCUUGUAGUUAGAAUAUUUAAAUCAUAUUGACUGCAGCUUGAAAAUGAAAAAAAAC